AUCUUGACUUGUUAGAGCUUGUCUUGUCACGUCUCAGACAAACAGAGAAAGAGGUAGGUGUUAGGGUCAGACUGCGGUCCGGGCUGAAAGCUGCCGUACAAAGGCAAACACAGAUGUUAAGUCACACAGAGUUAAUCACAGUCUCGAGUUUGAGAGAAGAAAAUAGACUUGAGGGAUCUGAAUGUCGAGCGAGGGCAAAGGAUGUGGUUUGGUGCACUUUGUAGCAACAAAGUGCAAGCACAGAGAAGGAAAUGUCUGAUAAAUAAACGCCCUAGACGUAAAAGCAGAAGACUGGCUUUUUUUUUUUAAAACAGAUAGGUGAAGCUUCUUAGCUAAAACUAAGAUAAGCUGAGCAUAUUUUCCUCAUUCUUUAAACCUUAGGUUAACUUGUGGAGAUAUUCAUCAAGGCAUCCAGUACGACAAGGCGGACAAUGAUUGAAAGAUUUAAAGAAUGAUUGCCAUCUGUUGUGUUGAGACUGUUUCACGUGCUUCGUCCAAGGCGCGCCCUUUAGGUCAGACUUCAGAAGCAUUGGGUUUUAAACGCUGUCAGACGUGACGAAUGGCUGUUGGAGGCUUCAGGUGAGAGUAUCGCUUGCUACGGCAGGCUGCAGGUUGGGUAACUCAUCAGAUGUCGGCCUCAGAUAGCCCACAUGAGAGCGGUCCCCGGCUGAAUAAGAGUUUCAGGGAGUUCCCGGACGGAACGAGACAGCCACUGGUGGAAUGGGGGCGACGCUGAAAACAUCGCUGCCCAUUCACAUUGUUUCCAUUCAUUCAUGUUUUGGUGGCUGUUUUCAGUGAAUCAGGAGUUAAAAUUAGACCGGAGAUCACAGCGGACCCCCUGGCUUGCUCUCUGGGGGUGCGAGGGGCUUUCUUUGCGCAGCGUGACGUAAACUGGUGUUUGCACUUGCGUUGAAAGUCAUGAGGCUGCGGUAACCAGAGCAGAUUCUAUCGCUGCCGUUACCUUGGAGACCGGCAUCGGCCUGAAUAAGGAGGCGAGACGAGGGAUUCCCACGACACACUGUCCUGAGAAGACGGAGGAGCGCAGGCAGCUAGAGCAAUGGAGCGCCAGCGGCAGCACGCCAAAGUGGAGCGAUUUCUCAAGCUGGGUUACCCUCACAAUGAGAUUAUGAGGGUGCUGGAGAGCUUGCAUCACGAUGCCCAGACCAACGACAUCCUGGAGGAGUUGAUAAAGACCUGCCACACUCGCACCCUCAGCAACACGAGCGGACCGAACAGUCCCAAGCUGGUGCCCAGAGGCUGCAGCCCCGGGCCCAGCAAGGCCAGGACCGGCCCUGACCGAGAGUCCAACUCUGGCUUCAGACCCGUGGUUAUAGACGGCAGCAACGUGGCCAUGAGCCAUGGCGACAAGAAGGUGUUUUCCUGCCAAGGCCUCCAGCUAGCGGUGAACUGGUUCUGGGAGAAAGGCUUGCGUGACAUCACUGUGUUUGUGCCCCUGUGGAGGAAGGAGCAACCGAGGCCUGAGGCGCCCAUCACGGAUCAACAUAUUCUCCAUGAACUGGAGAGGAGGAAGAUCCUGGUGUACACGCCGUCCCGCUUCGUCAACGGCAAGCGGGUGGUGUGUUACGAUGACCGCUACAUCAUCAAGCUGGCCAUCGACUCAGACGGGAUCAUCGUGUCCAACGACAACUACCGUGACCUGCAGACAGAGAAUCCCCAGUGGAAGAAGUUCAUCGAGGAGAGGCUCCUGAUGUACACCUUCGCCAACGACAAGUUCAUGCCUCCAGAUGAUCCCCUGGGUAGAAAUGGUCCCACCAUUGACGACUUUCUGAGGAAGAAGCCAUGGAUCCCAGACAACAAGCAACAGCACUGUCCAUACGGAAAGAAAUGUACUUAUGGAAUAAAGUGCAAGUUCUACCAUCCGGAGAGGGUGAACCAGUCUCAGCUGGCUGUAGCUGAUGAACUGAGGGCUCUGGCACAUCAACCUGAGAACAGAUACGCCCUGCCCACUCCUCCACCUGGAAGCAGAGACGACCUGGUUCAUAGCGACCCCGGCAUCUGUCAUAGGGACAGCAGCAGCCUGAGAAGCCAGUUAAACAAGAGUCCUAAUUUUUACCAGUUCCACAGCUCGGAAGGAGAUGAAGCCUUCAGCUCCAUGGGGAGCUCCAUGUCCAUGCUCAGCCUUCAGGACAAGCCGAAUAGCCUGGAGCCCCCUCUGACCAGCUACAGCAGUGGCAGAGGCAGCUACCAAAUGUUCGACUCCUAUCCCAUGAACAGCAUGAGGCCUUCACUGACCGGACAGUGUUACUUCCCUCCCCAAAUCGGUUCGGUGUCCAGUGAGUGUCACAUGUGCGGCCCGUGCCGGUGUGGAUACCAGAAGAUCAGGAUGCCUGACAGCCACCUCCAUCAUCAUCUGCCAGUGUGGAGCUCCUGUCCUUCACUGCCUCCACACAACGGGAAGCAGCCUGCUCAUAUUUCACAGAUGCCUGUUUCUCACAGAAACAGCCACAGUUUGCCUCGGGAUCCCUGGGUGCAGCCCAGUCUUCCUGUUACCAGAGGCCAGUCCAGCGAGCAGAGGAAUGACCUGAGGAGCCAGCUGAGCACGCUUUUCCCCCAGAGCACAGUGGAGCAAGUCCUGAACGCUAACCCACACAUCUCAGACACACUUGAACUGAUUAGUCUCAUCCAGAACUACAGAAGCAGCAAUAUCUCCUUCUAGACUGAAAAACUCUUGGUACAUUCAAACUGAGCCCACCCUGGAGUUGACGUCCUAGAAAUGGUGAAACCAAAGUGAAUAUUUCCUCAAAGAAAAGAGACAUUUUAUUUUUGUUUGUUAGAAAAUUUGUCUUCUUCAAUGAACGCAUUAUUUUAGGCAUUAAAAAGGAAGCUAGUCUGAUGCAGCUCGAAUGUCAGCUAUUCCUUUAUCCUAUUACAAAAGUGCAAUGCACUUAGCUCCAUUCCAGCUACUUAUUGUAGCAAACAAAUGUUUAUUAAAGCAACAUGUGUUGUUUUCUCAUGUUGCCUCAAAGUGAGGAACACUAUAGUCUGUACUUUUGUAAAGAAUGUCCCAAUAUAAAUAUGAACUGUGAAACCUUGUGUUUUUGUUGCACCUUUCAAAUAAAAGUUUCUCAAGCA